AUGUCAGUGAGAGCCCGCAAUGCUCUAAGAGGCUCCCGAGCACUCCUCAGACCGCCGAGCCAUGCGCCUUACAGGACCAUGAUAAAAAAAGAGCCGGAGCAGAUGCAGAAGCCAAAGGGAAAGCGAACAACAAGGCCCUGGCCAAGUGGUGUAAUGCUGCCAGCAGCCAAAGUAGCACGUCCGAUACCUGCAGACCCAAGUGCCAAGUAUGCCAUUAUACAAAUCCCGAAUACCUCCACAGCGUUUUCAGAAUGGCCGACGCUCAACAAGUUCAAACCAGCGCUGCAACCACGAACAAGUGGAACUAUACCUCCUGGUACAAGCGCAGGCGUUCAGGCAACAGUCGAUCCCGAUAUGGAGAUGGCGAUUCUUCCUUACUUGUAUAACGAUCUCGGCGUGCUGAUCUUUGAAGGCCCGCAGUGGGAGCAGGUCAGGAUUAUGUCAAAUAUCCUGCAGAGCGUUGAAUGUGAAGAGUGUAGACUGCCGAAAAGAGAUUGGACUAUGGGCAGCGCAUUGUUCGAGGUGAAGUAUGACAAGUGGAACGUAUAUCGUAUAAAGUUGAAUCCAAGAAAGCACAUCGAGACCACGUAUCAGAAAGGCAGAAAGAAACACAGCAUAACACCUAAUGGACUGUAUAGCCUUACCAAUAUUGCACUCGAGAAAUGGGAGGCGGAUGGGAUAGGAGGACCCGUCCCUCUUAAAACUGUGCCUGGUUCUAUCGAGAUGCAUAUUGUGAACCACAUUGACGGCCCAGGGCUAGCGAAUGAUACCAUCAAUGGGUCGUAUCUACCACAACUGCAUGCCUACGUUGCGACCGGGAUUAGGGACAGCACAAUCUACAUGAGCAUCGAGUUUCAUACCGUUGGCACAAGACGCUUGGUCGGCGUCACGAACCUCAAACUCAGGCCGACCUUCGAAAUCCCAUCCGCCAAAGGCACGGCCAAGGAGCCCCCUCAAGGGGUUGAUAGACACACCGAUUUCGACCAAAAGUCCGCCUCCGUCGAGGGACAGAUGAAGGCCGGUAGGAAAGGAGAUACUUAUUCCAUAAAGCAAGCACUUCAGCCUCCACCAACCCAUGCCAGCAGCAUAGAAUCUCUGCGGGAGCUCUAUGACAAGCUUGUACCAAGUGGUACACACCGAAACAGCGAGAUAUAUAGACGAGCAAUGUUCAAGGUAUACGAACUGGAGUUCAAACUCUGGGCGCAGAGGAAGAGGAAUAUUGGGAAGGAAGGAAAGAAAGGAUGA